AUGCAGGCUCGGGCUCGGGUGGAUAUGAAAUACAAAUGUGUCUGGGUCUGAAACAAGAAUUGCCUUGCAGAUGCAUGAUCAUGUACUCAUGCAGCUUGUUUUGCGUGUCCCAUUAUAAAUAUAGAUCUGGACGAAAAAUGCAGGGUUUAGCAUCACAGGUUUUCAGAAGUAGGCUUCUGCAUGCCUAAUCCGGAUGACAAAUCCCGCAAAAAAAGGAAUGAAAACUUCUGCGUUUCACUCAUAACAGCUUUAGUGUGAUCCCGUAGUGCUUCACAACUCCCCAUCACGGAGUUGCAUUCCCGUCCUAGACCCGGACAUUUUUGUAUUUGACAGUGGCAGCGCCGUCGCAAGUUCGGUCCGGCAGAAAGGAGCCGCAGUAUGGUGAAAUCGUGACAAGCAGGAGGUCCACCAUGGAAAGUCAAUGUGCGCUUUUCGACAGAAGAAGAACUAGGGAGGCGAUGAAAAUCAAAACAUCCACGCCACGAGAAUACAGAAGAUGAGAAUUAUGCUAGUAUUAAGUAAGACAUGUGAUGUUUUCGUUUUGAGCAGCACAAGCAAAAAAUAUGACGAUUGAAUGCACAACAAAACUCGCAGAAAUUCUACUACAUGGCUAAGUUAACAGAAGGCUGAUUGAAGGAUCCAUUAGAUGCACAGAUGCUACUUGCAAAGCCUGAGAGCUGCAGGCAAAAGCAUGAACAACACGAGAGAAAAUGAGCUACUGUAUUGUUUGGCGACGGAACAAGUAG